AUGUCGAUUGGCGACGACAGCUCUGCACCGCGGUGCGCGUGGGCAACGCUGCUCACGUCGGAACACCUGCUGCCCGGGCUCAUGGUCUUCGCACACUCGCUGCUCGUGCAACACGCAUCCGCGCACCCGCUGGUCAUCAUGGCAACCGCCAAGCUCUCUCCUCGUGCCCGCUCCAUCCUCUCCUCCAUGCUCCCUUCUGGUCGACUCAUCAUUAGGGACAUCGACCCGAUCUACCCAACCUCGAUCGCGACCGGUCUGGCCUACACACGAUUCAACGAGGUGUGGACGAAACUCCGAGCGUUCUCCCUCACCGAAUUCUCCCGAGUCGCGCUGGUGGAUUCCGACAUGCUGGUGCGCCACAACAUGGACGACCUCUUUUCGGAUCCGUUUGUGUUUGGUACGGAGGGGGAGUGGAUUGGAGCCUCGUGGGCGUGCACUUGCAACCCGAAUCGGAUUGCUACCUACCCGGAAGAGUGGAUUCCUGCCAACUGUGGGUUCACUCCCCAAUGUCUACCCGAAGCCGCAUCAUCCUCGACCAUUGUGCAGCCGGACGAGUCGACGCCCCGACCUGCCAGACUCAUCAACUCCGGCCUUGUCCUGCUGACCCCGUCCCAGGCGACGAUGGAUGAGAUGGUCGAGGCGAUCAACACCGACCCCCGUAUCCCAGAAUAUCGUUUUCCGGAUCAAGACUUCCUAGCCGACUUCUUCUCCCCACAACCCUCCAACCCAAGGCAACGAAACAUCAGGUAUCUGCCGUACAAGUACAACGCGCUGAAAAAGCUCCGCAUCGUCCACCCGAACAUCUGGGAUGACGAGGUGGCGACCAACGUGCACUACAUCUUGGACAAGCCCUGGACGCUAGGUAGGCCAGGUGGGCGGGUGAACACCGAGGGAAAAGAUCCCGAUGCCGUGGUUCACGGUUGGUGGUGGUCCGCAUUCGAUGACGUGCAGAAGGCGAGGGUGGACGGCGCCAAGGGAUGCAUCAAGGUCGCCGAGGAGGAUUGGAAGGACUGCGUCGAGAAGUAUAUGACCCUCGACUAG